AUGAGCAGUUCCGACGAUCCCUACUCUCCGCGAUAUGGUACAGCGACGUUCACUGACCUGUCGACAAUGACGCGACCAGAGUCCCCAGACUCUUACACCGACAGCAACUCGCUCGAAGAGGUCGAAGCAACGCUUAAUGAGCUGGAUGACGAGCUGGAGGACACCGAAAAUGCCGUCUCGACCUGGAAUUCGUCGACAUCGUACACGGGUUCCCCCUCCUUUGCAUCGCUUCCUUCAUUUGCUUCGCCACCACCUCAGCCCCAAUAUACUCGACUCAGUCGCAUCACGGAGCAUACGGAGGAGUCGACAGUCCAGUCACGGCCAUCUUCCACGGCGACACGUCCCCCACCUUCCCCAGAAAUCCGUCGCUCUGUGUUUGCUCCUUCUCUGCAUUCUCGAGCCUCCACAGAUCCAGGAUUGCCGCCUCCAGGACGGGCAACAGAGCUGAUUGCGGUUUUCGAGUCGUCGCCUGGGCCAAGCAGCCACUCCCGGACAAUAACUACCCCAGCAAGGAGCCCGUCGCCGUUUUUCACGCCUGCCCACUCAAUUAGCGAGCUCAGCAGUGCGGCCUCCCAUGCUCAAGGGUUUUACAGCACGUUUGGCUCACGGCCAGCUUCACCAACGAAGUCGAGUCGCGUGACUUCGCCGCCUGCUGUGCCAACAACGCCUUCGCGGACAAGACCUUCAAUGAGCACAUUGCUCUCCCAGCCGCCGUUGAGCACAUCGGGUCGUACAACACCAUCUGGUUCGAGGACAACAGAGCCUUAUACCCGACCAGAAACAAGGACCGACACAUAUUCUGACACUUACACGAACACUCGAACCGACACCCGCACUGACACUUACACCAACACUUACACCGAUACUUACACCAAUACUCGCACCGACCCUUACACCAACACUGACACUCACACUUACACUCGUACCGACACCUACACCCCAACGAGGACCGAUGCUUUUACACCCUCCCACACAUAUACAACAACCUACUCCCAGUCUGGUUCCAACACUGACACACAAUCACGUACUGCAACAACUCCCCCUUCCCUCCGUCGACCGCCACAGGGCAGUCCUCGUUCCCCACUUGCUUCAGUGCGGAAUAUAGUGGCCUUAUGGAAGGAACGGACCCCAGCACGUGCAUCCGGAAAGUCGCCCUCGUCUUCGUCUUCGAGCGACAGGACGUCUUCGAAAAGCAGCAACGACCACCCUCUUCCUCCAUUGCCUACCGAGCGCGACCAGCCUUCGUCAGAAGAUUUGUUCGCGAUGCGUCGUUUGGCGGAUGAUGCUACCAGUCUGCGAAGUGGUCGCUCGCCUAGUUUGCGAAGUGGGAGACGUGGAAGUGCAGCCAGCGGUACCCCUCCCAGCCUAAACGUGGCUGAAUUGAAUGCAUACGCUCAAAGUACAGAGCCGCCUUUGCACAUCGGCCAGCUCUGGUUCCUCAAUGUUCAUGCUCCGCCACCUUAUCGAUGGCAACGCUGCCAAGCUCUGCUAUACCCGCAUCUUCUACUCCUUUCGUGGAUUGCACCUGGAGGUGGACGUGGUAUAGUUGGGUUGGAUCUCCUAAACUGCACCGCAGUGCAAAGCAUGCCCAGCCCAAGUCACCCGAGCGCAAGAGAUGAUGUUGGAACUGUCGCUGCCCGACUUCAAAGUGAAGGAGGUGAACCAGGCGUCGACACACUUGUCGAUCUGCUAGUCCCGUUCCAAAUGAUAUACGAAGAUGGUGUUGAGCGACUCGCUGCGGAAAGCAUGCUCGAGAGGCAGAAAUGGGUCGAACGUCUUUGGGAAGCCGUCCAUCGUCCGCCAAUUCUGGACGACUCGUCUGCGGGUUCGGAUGCCGAAGGAAGUACAAGCGCUCGUAGUGGGGUCGCUCGUUCUGAAAGUAUCCGGACUAUAUUGUCCAUUGAUAGUGCAAGCAGCCAUCGAAGCUCAGCCAGUAAUGGCAGUCGAAGCACGGUCUUCGUCCCUCCGAUGGCUGACAUACCAGACAUUUCCUCUGGAGAAAGCAGUACAAGCUCUACUCGUGGAUAUCGUCGAGCAACGGGAACAUUUACACCAUCGGAGGCCUACACGAGAACCUAUACUCCUAUCGGCACGCGGACAGGAACGUACACGCCGACGAGGACGGACACGUACACCUAUACCGAUGACUACACCCGUUCCUUUACCCCUACUGAAACGAGGACUUAUAUCUCCGAUACCACUCAAACUCGGACGGAAUCCACGGGUACCAACAUCCGCCGACAGCCUUCUCUUAUCUCCUCGCACCAUACUGGCACUGUUGACGACAGUGUCAUUACUGGAGGGGAAUAUGUCUAUCGUGGCGACCCUCGUGCUAUUGCGGGACGAAGAAGGGGACUUGGUGCUCGUCGUGGGUCUAUGGGCCAGCUUGACGAGGCAUAUAAUCGCUCAAGCACUGCAUCGGGCAGCUCGGACGAUGUAUUCUUGUCGGCGGACAGUCGGAGUCAGAGGAGCAGCGCAACCAGCACCAGCAGCAAUAGCGAAAGUCGGAGCGCGAGUCGGACAACAGGCACAACAGGGAGGAGCACUCUUUACUCCAACUCUGUCGGUCUUCGCACUGGUACCGGCACCAACACCUUUUCGCUCACCAGAAGUCCCUCCCAGUCUGGUGGUACUGGGUCAUUCAGUGUCGUGCCGAGUUCGUUGAGCUAUCGUGGUCCAGAUAGCGCAAGCAUGCUUGGCGACUCCCAAAGCGACUAUUCGGACUCGUACUCGUACUCGAGCUACAGUUAUGGCUCAGGCUCUGUAUUGUCAGGUUCGACUGGGUCACCUGUUUCCCGCACUGGAACAGUGUCUUCGCUUGCUCGGGCUCGCGAAAUUCGAAGGCGACCCGGACUGGGACUUGUUAGUGGACCACGGUCAAGCUCGUCUGGUUAUACCUACAGCUCCCGAUCCGAUGCAUCUUACUCGUAUUCAUCGUCAGACAAGGAGAACACGACUGAGGAGGAGCCUUCCGACAGCAACGAGAAUGCCUCUGGCACGGGAACGGGCACAGGCAGUGGUAGCGGAAGUGGGCAAACACCAGCGACUUAUUCGACGAAUCAGACUGGCUACGAUAUUUGCGAGUCGUCGGAUCUGACGGAUGUGACUCGCUCGUCUGGCUGGACCCCGCCUUAUUCAUCAUCCUCUUCCUCGUCUUCAUCGUCGACACCAUAUGUUCCCACUGUUUCACCACCUUCGUCAUCUGGAUCAAGCGAUCAGUUUAUUUCUGCUGAUCAAGGAAGCUCAUCUGAAUCGGAGUACACCACUGCAAUACGGCCUCCCUCGUCUCACUCGUCAUACGAGUCUUUCCCGACAAUCCCGUCCGAAUCGGCCUACCAAACUGCUUCCGAACCAAGCGAGUAUGGCGAGAUCCCUUCUGAAAUGGGAACCCCCAAACCACUUCCAAGCAUCUUGCCUUCGGAAGACGAGAAAGAGGAAGAGCCAAGUCUACAUCGUGUACCCUCGUUGGUACCGACUAUCCAGUCGGAAGUCACUGAGGACACAGUCUAUCCGCCUUUGCCACCCUCAACCGUUUCAGUUUCGGAUUCGGAGUAUCCACCACUACCUCCUUCGAGUGUGGCCUCUUCAGAGUAUCCGCCAUUGCCUCCCUCCUCAGUCGCUUCUUCUGAAUAUCCGCCAUUGCCUUCAUCACGAGCUUCAAGCUAUCCGCCAUUACCUUCGUCAAGGGCAUCAAGUUAUCCACCAUUGCCUUCAUCAAGGGCGUCAACUUACCCCUCAUUGCCUCCUUCCAGCGUCGCUUCUUCGGACAGCUUGCCGCCUUUACCAUCCUCAGUCUCCACUGAAUUUCCUCCACUGCCAUCUUCAAUUAUCUCUUCAGAACCCUCUCCUCCAUCACCUCCUUCAUCGGUGACAACGGAUUUACCACCACUGCCGUCCUCUGAAUCCAGUCGCGAAUCGGAUAUAUCAUCGUCGAUAACUGAAUCGGAGACUUUCGAAAUGCCGAGCUCGUUUCAUAGCACGGACGACGAAUCUUCAGAUGUGGCGACUCCAAUGUCGCUGGAGUUGUCUUCAGCUUCAUCGGAUCCACUUUCCGGCCCAUCCCCACUCGAGUCGGAAGAGCCACUCAGUCCAUUCGAAUAUCCCUCCUCGUUAACCAAGACUUCCUCCGAGUAUUCCUCAAUUACUUCGUCAUCGCUGUUGACGCCUCUUCAACGUCGUUUGUCGAAUUUGCGAAGCGGCUGGUCUUCGUCCGCAGCGUCAUCGAGAGCGACUUCGGAUAGAUCUUACGAAUCGUCUAUUCUUGCACCUUCGCCUUCCGUCGGUUCAGUUGCACUACCAGACGGGCCAGAUGUUUCCGGCGAAACAUCUUUCCUUCGACCGACUGCAUCAUUCUCCUCCUUUGAUCGUCUAAGCACGAUUCCGAGAUCUCCGACUUCAGUUGCUUCGUUGUCUCUGGGACCAGCGACCCCAGUUCAAGCGCCAUCGACUAUUUUGUCGAGCGUGUCGAGUCCCUCGAGUUUGGGACUACCCACAGGUGCUGGCUCUACCUCGCUGGGACGGUCUUUAUCCCUGCUUACGCAGAGUUCAAUGCUGUCGGACUCUUCUUUACCUGAUUCAGAGACGGAGGAGGAUGAUUUUGAGGAAGAAAUUUUCGACGAAGCGACAACGACGAGUUUGCUGAGCACGCCCAAACCAAGUCGACCUGCGUCUUCUGUUGCGCCUUCAAGUCAUACAAUGCAGACCCCUGAUGCUUCUGGCUCAGUCAGCGUGUCGACACCCCACGGGGAUGUGCCAUCUGUCCGCUCGUUGUUGGAGACAAUCCCGGCCGAAGGCGAGCCAAGCACUCAAGGUGUAACUUUGGAGUACCUGGCUGAUGAGAUACACCGACUGGCCGACGUAAGAGUCGGAGAGAACGACGAGAUUGCUGGGAAUGUUCGUGCGUUGCGGAACGAGUUGCGCGACUUGGCCGAUUAUUUGCACCGGGCGCCUGCUCCUGUUAGCGACAUCCCUUCACCCAUGUCACCAGCGCCAGUGUCAUUGGCACCGGUUUCUCCACCUCCGCUCCCACCACCACCAUCAGCCCCGGUUUCGGUCCAAGCUCCCGAUGAACCGGUUAUCCACUAUCUCGAUCCUCCCCCUUCCCAUCCGCCGUCAGAAGCCGCAAGCAGCCUCCGUCGUUGGCCAAGCAGUGCGACAACAAUGUCGUACUUGUCUUCGCAUUAUUCUGACGAUGAUUUGCCUUCGCCCUACCCGGACUCGCCAUAUCCCAGUUUGCCCGCGACAAUUCCUGAGGAUGACGACGACGAGGUUGUUUCGCGUGCUGCAUCGCCGCCUAUGGAGAUACUACAGCCAAUCCCCAAGACACCGACUCCGCAACGUCUGUUCCAGCCGGACUCGCCGCCGUCGUCAUCUUCAUCCUCUUCGUCAAGUUCGGCGCCGACGGCCCGGCCGCCUCCGGAUUUGGGUGAUAUCCGUGAUGCGAUCAAUCGACUGGCCGACGCUGCUGCUGGCCAUGGACGCAUGCUGGAUGAAGUUCGCGGGUCCUUGCCGCUCCCGCAAGGGCCGGACUAUGCUGCAUUGAUGGAGGACCUGCAAAGCUCGCUAGGCGCGUUGAGGGUGAACCAGACUUCGACAAAUCAUAUGCUGGAUCGGUUGGUCGAGAGGCAGGGUGAGCCUGAUGCAGCUUUGCACGAUCGCAUGAGGAGGAUCGAGGAGAUCUUGCUGGAGUUGAUGAGGCGUCCAACUCAAGCACCGCCAGCGUUCACUCUCCCAACCGACUACCAGCCAGAUGAUAGCGACGGCGGCUCAAGUUCGAGCUCAUGGCCUUCAAUCAUUCCUCGCGAGUAUCCUCUGCCGCAACAGCCCGCUCCAUCGGCACCACCAGCGGGACGCAGUUUUGCGGAACAGCUCGACGAUCUGUUGUCGAGCGACGAUGUCAGCCUUGGCCCCUUGCGAGAGGCGGAAUACCCCCCGGAGCUCGUGCGCUUCCGGUACGAGGUAGAGAAUCGUGGGUUGCGGCCGCGGAGCGAGUUAGACCUGGAUAGCGGCAGACCGAUUACUGCGCCGCCAUCAGAUCCGAUUCGGCCGGAUCUGUUUGCGAAUAUCAGGAGGAGACACCCUCAGACACAACCAGCAGCGACGGCACCUGAGCCGAUAAGACAACCCCAAGAUGAAGCUCAGCAGCAACCACAGCCACAGCCACCGCCACCGCCACCGCCGCAAGGACAGGAAUAUCGAGAUCAGCCACCGCUACCGCAACGACGACAACAGCCACCACAACCACCCGAGGAGUCAGAGUUAGAAGAUUUAGAAGAGCCAGAAUCACCUCAGACAGAGACUGUGAUUACUGAUGUACCGACGCAGCCAGAGCAACGUCCACAACAGCCAUAUCGGCAGCCUCCUGUACAUACACCUGGGCCACCUGUCGAACGCGUUGACUACGGUGGUCAUCGUCGAUCGCGUUCAGCGCUGGGUAAUCUUGGUGGGAAUGUUUCGCGAGAACAUCAACCGUGGUAUCGUCCUGCUCCAGCCGGCCAGCCACAAUCUGGACUGGGACAACAACCCGGAUCCCAAGCUCCUCGUCGAGCGCAACCUGGUGCACAACCUGCGUUUGGAUUCCCCCAGUUGAUGGAGAUUCUUCGCGAGAAUCGACUUGCCCAGUUGGCCACUGUGGACCAACAACGCGAAUUGAUGCGUUACAUGCGUGGCCUAAAUGAGUGGCUCGCACGGGAUGUCCAUGAUCGACAAGCGGAACUGCGAGGUGUUAUUGCGCGGGUUGACCAGAUUCGGAAUGAAAUGCGUGGCGCUGCUGCCGCUGCUGCUGCCCCGCCAAUCGUUAUCGCAGGUCCCCCUGGCCCACCACCAGAUGGCAGCAGUGAUUCGAGCUCGUCGCAUCGUGAGGAUGAACCGCCAGUUGUGCCUGGACAAGGGGGCGAGCCGCCUGUUAUUCCACCCGCGCCAGGUCAAGGCAUACCGUUCAUACCUGGCUUUCAACCGUAUCCGGCUUUUGUGCCUCCUGGUACCGGCGUCAUCCCACCAGUUGUUCCUCCGGCCGAUCACCACCAGCCGUUUGUCCCGCCGGAUCAGCCGGUCCCGCCGUUUAUUCCACCGAAUAUGCCCCCACCUGGGUUUGGUGCCCCAGGUUUCCCACAGGCUCAACCAGCGGCCCCAGCACAGGGACAGGGACCCAUCUUCUUCCGGCCUGGGCCAGCACCAGUUAUACCGCUGCAUCCAUUCCAACCAGCGAUGCAAAUGCCCAUGCCUCAGCCUGUGGCUGAUGUGGUCACGCCAUUUGUUCCGCAGUUUCCGGAUCGUUCACCGAUUGACCGGGUUGACUCCACGGUUGUGCCGAUCGCGGUCGAACGAUCGGAGGGAAGCACAGAUAGUGGAGGAAGUCUGGAUCAACGCAGGCGUCGACGCCGAGGACGGCGGUCUGAACGAGAUGACCGUAGUCGAAGCAGGAGCAGGAGCUCGAGCCCAAGAAGUCGGAGCGGCAGUCGAAGUCGUAGUGGGAGUAGAAGGAGCCGGAGCUCGACGCCAACGCGGAUACUAGUUCAACCGCCGACAACGAGUGGGACACCAUUGCCUAUUGCGCAACCUGUUCAGCCCAUUCAGCCUCAACCCAUCAUCAUCAACACUUCGGCACCUCCGGCAACUGGACCGAUUCCGUUUACACCCGCCCAUCGUCAUUCAAACUGGGAGCGGUGGAAGACACCACAGAUCGAGAUCGAGGUCAAGGUCGCGCUCGAGGUCGCGCUCGUCAGACAGCGGGAGACGAAGGAGCAGUAG